GCAACAGAAAGAGGCCAUUAGUUGAAGGCAAUGUCUUCAAUUGUUUAUUAAAGCACUGAAAAUGGGGGACAUUGUGUGCGACCAGCUUAAUCUAAGAACCAUCUAACCCGCCCUUCUUAUGACGCAUAAUGUAUGGGGCUCGCUGUGAUGUGAGGAAGAAUCAAGAAGCUCUUCUAGAAUCUGGUUAGAUAAAUGCACAAACAGGAUAAAAUUGGGGUUAUUCCACCUCGAUUACCGUGCUGAAUUAAAGGAUGGCUGGAAUUGGUAACAGUUCAACAUCGGGAAUGGGUGACAUCAUCCAACUAAACGUCGGAGGAACGAGAUUUAGCACUUCAAGACAGACUCUGACAUGGAUUCCUGACUCAUUCUUCUCAAGUUUACUUAGUGGGAGAAUAUCAACACUACGGGAUGAAACUGGAGCUAUAUUUAUUGACAGAGACCCAACAACAUUUGCCCCUAUUUUAAACUUCCUUCGAACAAAAGAAUUGGACUUAAGGGGGGUUAACGUAAGCAUCCUAAGACAUGAAGCUGAGUUCUAUGGUAUUACACCUUUAGUUCAACGUUUACUUCUUUGUGAAGAACUGGAACGAUCUUCAUGUGGAAGUGUGCUCUUUCAUGGCUAUCUCCCUCCACCAGCUAUCCCAGCUCGGAGUGCUGCUGGUCGGAUUGCUGCAGGCCAGGAAGAGCAUUCGGUUCCCAGUGGACCAGAGGGGAGUUUCCCCCAUUCUUGCCCACAGUCUUCUCUCCCUGGGCCUCGUGGGGCAGAUGGACCUCAAAGACUGGGAUCACCAGUCGAUCCUAGGAAGGUGCUGAUUGUCGCUGGCCAUCAUAACUGGAUUGUUGUUGCCUAUGCUCAUUUUGUCAUUUGUUACAGGAUAAAGGAGUCAUCUGGCUGGCAGCAGGUGUUCUCCAGCCCAUACCUGGACAGGACCAUUGAGCGGGUGGCCCUUAAUGCUAAAGUGGUGGGCGGCCCACAUGGAGAUAAAGACAAGAUGGUUGCAGCAUCUUCUGAGAGCACCAUUAUACUCUGGAGUAUCCAGGAUGGAGGGAGUGGAAGUGAAAUAGGUGUUUUCAGCCUUGGAGUGCCUGUUGACUCCUUGUUUUUCAUUGGGAGUCAACUUGUUGCCACCAGUCACACUGGGAAAGUAGGAGUGUGGAAUGCCGUUACCCAGCAUUGGCAGGUGCAGGAUGUAGUGCCCAUCACAAGCUGUGACACGGCUGGCUCCUUCCUCUUGCUUGGCUGUAACAAUGGCUCCAUUUAUUAUAUUGACGUGCAGAAGUUUCCACUGAGAAUGAAGGACAAUGACUUGCUGGUGACAGAGCUAUACCACGACCCAUCGAACGAUGCCAUUACAGCCCUCAGUGUCUACCUAACUCCUAAAACCAGCGUGAGUGGGAACUGGAUUGAGAUUGCUUACGGAACCAGCUCAGGGGCUGUGCGUGUUAUUGUACAGCAUCCAGAGACUGUGGGAUCUGGACCACAGCUCUUCCAGACCUUCACUGUCCACCGCAGUCCCGUCAUUAAGAUCAUGCUCUCUGAGAAGCACUUAGUGUCAGUGUGUGCUGACAAUAACCACGUACGCACAUGGACGGUGACACGGUUCAGAGGUAUGAUCUCCACCCAACCAGGAUCAACUCCACUGGCAUCUUUUAAGAUCAUCUCACUGGAGGAGACGGAGAGCCACAGCAGCUAUUCCUCUGGCAAUGACAUUGGUCCAUUUGGUGAGAGAGACGACCAGCAGGUUUUCAUUCAGAAAGUCAUUCCCAUUACCAACAAACUCUUUGUUCGCCUUUCCUCUACUGGGAAAAGGAUCUGUGAGGUUCAGGCUGUAGACUGCACCACCAUCACAUGUUUCACAGUGCGAGAGUGUGAGGGCUCCAGCCGUAUGGGCUCCAGACCCCGUCGAUACCUCUUCACUGGCCAUGCAAAUGGAAGCAUUCAGAUGUGGGACCUAAGCACAGCCAUGGACACAGUCAAUAAGAUCGAAGACAAGAGCAAGCAGGAGCCAGAGGUGGGAGGUCCUACUGAAGAGGAGCUUCUGAAGCUGCUUGACCAAUGUGAUUUGAGCACAUCUCGAUGUGCCACGCCCAACAUCAGCCCUGCCCCCUCUGUGCUGCAACAUAGCCGACUACAGGAGUCGUCUUCCAGUCUCCAAUUGCAGGGUCAAGAGCCUAUCCCCGAGACAGCCACUUACGGAGCCUUGCGCCCAUACCGAGAGAGCCCCUUACUGGCCCGUGCUCGACGCACAGAGAGCUUCCACAGCUACCGAGACUUCCACAGCUUAAACCUGAGCAAGGCUCUGCUGGAGAACACCGGACAGGGUGGAUCCACUGAGGACGAGAUGCACCCAUCUGCAGGGGAGAGCAGUGCUGAGGAUGGUGACAAAAGAAACUCCACUCCAGAGUUUUGGGGGAGCAGAAUGUCUGAAACCCAAUCUGCAGCUGCACGCAAACCCCCAGACAGCCCUGGAGACCAGCGAUGGAGGGCCCAUUUGAUGGAGGAGGGGCCUUUGGAGUGCAGACCAGAGGGAGGGAAGAGGAGAGGGGCAUUUGAAACAAAUUUUCUGGGCAGGAAAAAGGCACCUCCGGUUCCACAACUGAGCUCCCCUCUAGCAGGGGCUGAUGGAGGUAGCAGUGACUCAUCUAGCACUGCCUCUCCAUCACCAACUAAAGUGUCCACAUCUCCACGCCAUCGCAAGGGCCCCGACACUGCAUGUGAGUGAUGGUUUACACAGAUUUGUGACUCACUUUGACCAAGUGACACAUUUAAAGUUUUAUUCAACAGUCUCAGCAAACAUUUAAAUGUUUAUGUCUCAGCAGUGGUUUGUAGUAGAAACAUAAUAUUUAUGUUAUUAGAAAGCAGAGACUUUUACCUACAGCGCAAAUCAAAUGUGCUUCUGGUCAAAGUGACUCAAAGUGAUGAAGCAGGUCACAUUUAUCAAAAACAAGUCAUACCAAAUACAGUAAUCUCAGACUGGUUAAAGAAGGAAGAUGAUUGGACGAUUUCAGGAGUGUUCAGAAUAUGGGGCAAAUGUGAAUGUUGAUGAGUUAGGAAGGAUAUCAGCUGGCAGCUAAAAAACCAAAACUACUGUGGACAAAAUGAAGGGGGAAAAAUACAGUACAGAUGUUUCACAGAACCUGUUUUGUUUCCCUUACUCAAUUAAAAGUCAUGUGCUUUUUUCACGUGCACCACCUUGGCCUUAAACAUAUUUUCCUGGCUUUGCUAAGGCUUUAGUUAUCUUUGCUUAAGUCUGACUUUUCAUUUCUUGAUGUAAAUUUACCAACAAGCUAUACAUUCAGUUAUUUACAAGGAAUUGUUUACAUUGAGCUAAUUAGAUUACUGAUUGGAAAUAAUGAAAGCUGUGAAAUUGAGAAAAUUGUAAAAGAUCAUAUCAAAUAACAUUUGCAGUUUGUAUGCAUACAAAAAGUAAUUUUAUCCAAUUUGCUUUGCAUAAACAAAUAAAACAGAGAUUAUCAUGCUGAUGCUACUAUCCACUAACAGUACCUUUCUAAUCACUGCAAUGCACUUUAUUGUCAGUUUAUAAUGAAAUGAGGAUUCAACGGAUAAACUUCAUAUUGCAUUUCAUGAAAGGGAUUUUUGCUUGCUCUAUCGAUUUGGUGCCUUUUGCUUAUUUGGAUAGCUUCUGUUCUUGAGUGAUAUCAUUUUUUUUUUCUCUUUCACCCUUCCUCAUAGACAUGUGGCAGUUAUUUCAUUACAUUAUGCAACUGAUUUAAGUGAAACCAAAAUAAGAGGGACUUUAUGAUAACUGUAUUAUUGAAGUAACAAAUUCAAAUUCCCAAAUGUAAACAUUAGCAUCAUGCAUUAUUUUUACUAUCACAGACUGACUCAGUUAUUGGUGAUAUAACUAUAACAGGUGAAGCGUAUACUUUAAAUAGGAAUGGCAAAAAUUAUAAUUGUUUCCAAACUGGUUUCCCAAACACUUCUGAUGCCCCAUUCUACCCGACCCACAAAUUGUUUGGUUAAACAAGUUCACAGCAUUGGUUUUGAGAACACCACAAAGGCACAUUUUACACUCUUGGGAAGUCAUCCUACAAAUGGCUUAAUUAUAGAUUCAUAAGUAAGCUUAUAGUUAAUGUAGUAAUGUAGUUUACUAAACUUACUGUCUGCAAAUUAAACUAAGAUAAACAUAACAUAAAAAAAGAAACACUUUUUGGCUUUCCGAUAUUAUCCUAAAGCUCUAAUAAACAGUUUUUCAGAGAGUUCAAUUAUUAAAGUGAUAUUUCAUAUAGAACAUUUAAACUAGAACUUUGUAACUUUAUACGUUUUGGUUGUACUUAUUAAUGUUAACAUUAAUAAAUGCAUUUGAUAUAAUAAUAAUAAUAUAAUAUACGAGCCCUAUUACAGCAUUCAUUAUUAUUGGUUGUUGUUCAUUAAUGAAAAUACUAUUUUUCAUUGGUAGUUCAUGAUAGUUCCUAAUGCAUUAAUUAAUGUUAACUUUUUAAAAAUGUUUAAAUAUACUGUAUAUAUGAAUUAACGUUAUUCAAGGAUAAUAAAUGCCAAAAAAGUAUUGUUCAUUGUUAGUUCAUAGUUCAUUCAUGUUUAAUGUUAAUUAAUGUAAAAUUUGGUAACUUGUGAUAUAACACCCUUGCUUGCCCUCUCACAGAACAUGUUAAAUUAUCAAAAAUUAAUAUCUGAAAACAGUUGCCAAUUUCAAGAUAAUAAUAUAUUUUAACUAAUGGAUUAGUGUCUGAAUUAAGAAUGUUACUGUACAUCUGAACAGGCCUCCUAAAUCAUCAGGUUGUGAAUAAUUGAAUCACAAAACAUCAUUUUAUCAUUUUCAGCACUCAUAUUGUAAAGAAUAUGUAGUAAAGAAUUGUUUAUGUGUACAUGAAGGUAAUUUUGCUAUGUCGACAGAUGAGCAUAGUCAUUUUCUUUACUAUCCUCUACACUUUGUGUACAAGUUUCAUAUCUCCAGAGAUAAAUACACAUUAUAUAUCUAUAUAUCGAUGAUACACAUCCAAUAGAGUCUAUUAAUGUAAAUCUAUAUUUUGCUGAAUGAGUUUAUUGAUUCUAUUGUAUUAUAUCUGAAUCACAGCCAUUAACAAAGUACUGAAAUUAUAUGAAGGAAGUUCCGAAUUUAUGCUAUGCAAUCAGUGUAAUCAUUUCCAUAGUGACAUUGCUGAUCGUAGGCUAUAUAGCCGAAUGAAUUAAAGAAUACUCAUUUGACACGUCUUAAGAAAUACAGUAUGUAGUUUAUACAUUUUAUGGAAUCCUGGAAGUCAUUUUACAAUUCCCUAAUUUGUUAUGAUUGGUUAACUCCUACAUGUAGGUUGUUAUUGUUAUUAAAACGGUAUGAAGCCUGAAACUAUUUAGGAUUAAUUUUUGUUCUAAUGAUUUGUCAAGGCUUUGACUUUGUCAUAAAUAUACAUAAAUGUGGUCAAGAAAUAAAUUCAAGUAUAAACAAAUAUAGGCUUUUCAUGUCAUUGAUCAUUUCAUGUUGUCUGUUAAGAGUGUAACACUUAAAGCUUGCUUUCAGAAAUACUGUUACAACUUGAUUUCUGCGUUUUCAGCCUGUAAAUGCAAGAUGGGUCAAUAUGCAAUAUGUUUUAUCUAACAAGUAUAGUUGUAGGUAAACUGGCCUCACUUGCCUGCUGCUACACAUGGAACAUGAUGUUGCUUGGAGUUGGAAUAGAUUUAUAGGAAAUAACAGUUCAUGUUACAUAAUGCAUGUCUAAAUGUGCAGGUGCAGAAUCACACCGAAACUGUUAUUGGUACGUGAUCUACGGAUUGGUACUCCGUAUCUGUACAUUUCCAAUGACACAAUAAAGU